CUGGGGGGGGGGUGAAUGCGAAAUACCGCGAGGACGAACGCUGAGCGGAAUCCCGAGUUUCAAAGAACUUCGGCGGAGAGCUUUUCCCGAGGACGCCGCUGCCUUGAAAUUAGCAGAGUACGGAAAGACAUGUACAAUGACACAUUAAAUGGCAGUACAGAGAAAAGGAGUGCAGAGUUGCCUGAUGCUGUGGGACCUAUUGUUCAGUUACAAGAAAAACUUUAUGUGCCUGUAAAAGAAUACCCAGAUUUUAAUUUUGUUGGGAGAAUCCUUGGACCUAGAGGACUUACAGCUAAACAGCUUGAAGCAGAAACAGGAUGUAAAAUAAUGGUCCGAGGCAAAGGCUCAAUGAGGGAUAAAAAGAAGGAGGAGCAAAAUAGAGGCAAGCCCAAUUGGGAGCAUCUCAACGAAGAUUUACAUGUACUGAUCACUGUGGAAGACGCUCAAAACAGAGCAGAGAUCAAACUGAAGAGAGCUGUUGAGGAAGUGAAGAAAUUACUGGUACCUGCAGCAGAGGGAGAAGACAGCCUGAAGAAGAUGCAGCUGAUGGAGCUCGCGAUUCUGAAUGGCACCUACAGAGAUGCCAACAUUAAAUCACCAGCCCUUGCCUUUUCUCUUGCAGCAACAGCCCAGGCUGCUCCAAGGAUUAUUACUGGGCCUGCGCCUGUUCUCCCACCAGCUGCCCUGCGUACUCCUACGCCAGCUGGCCCUACCAUAAUGCCUUUGAUCAGACAAAUACAGACCGCCGUCAUGCCAAACGGAACUCCUCACCCAACUGCUGCAAUAGUUCCUCCAGGGCCAGAAGCUGGUUUAAUCUACACACCCUAUGAGUACCCCUACACGUUGGCACCAGCUACAUCAAUCCUUGAGUAUCCUAUUGAACCUAGUGGUGUAUUAGAGUGGAUUGAAAUGCCAGUCAUGCCUGAUAUUUCAGCCCAUUGACUUACUGGAUGAAGGACUAGCGUACAGCAGCUGUUGUAACACCACCAGUCCGUGUGGAACAGGCUGCUCCCGUGCUUUGCCGCCCCUUUGUUUUACCAGACAGAAUUUGAAUAUUUUUUUUUCUUUGAAUUCUACAUGACCUUGGUGCUGCAUGCAUGCUGUUGACUCUUAGGACUUUGACCUUUUAAGGUUAUUUUUUUUCCAGCAUUAAUACUGAUUUAUCAAAAUUUGAAAGCCUUUAAUGAACUCGGACACAGAGAUUUAAACUUGAAAACUCAUUGUUCAAUUAAAGAAAGCCACAACGCUCUGUAUGUUAUCUGUGUGUGUGCAUGCACUCAGGUGCCUUUUGUUUCAUGAGCAAAUACAUUUUAUUGUACGUGUUUCCCAUUUAUCUCUAAAUCAUUGUAUAAAGUAUUACAGGUCAGAAUUCUACUGUAGAACUGUUGAUGCGAAGCUUGUUUCUGUUGCACAUUUCUUGAAGCAUUUAAAAAAUAACAUGUAACAUAUAACCUGUUUACCUUUUUCCUUUCUGUUAACGCUCUAUCCUGUGGCCCCUGCCUGCUCCUCUCCCCCACAGCUCCUCCCUGCUGCACGCACAGCGUCUGUUCGAGGAGUUCGACUGUUGCUUCCUGCAGGGCUGGCACUCUUAGCCACCAGCUGCUGUUCCAGCACUCUCAAUGCAAGAUCUCACUGAUUUUGCCUCGUGAAAUUAUACUUGUAUAAGAUUAGUUUAUCUAAACUGAAAAAGGGCUGAUGGACCAGUUUACUGCUUAGAAUCAGCAAGAGGCACUGCAAAAUUUAUUUCUCAUUUUAAAGCAAUGUGGUUUUUUUGUUGUUUUGGGAAAUUUUUAGUUACAAUCCUUAAUUAUAUUACACUGACAAAAUUAAAAGCAAAAUGUAUAGAUACUUAAUUGGCAUUCAUAAUAUGAACAAUAAUGAGUACUAAAUGACAAAAAUCCAUUUCGAUCAAUUUUAUUUCUUGCUUUGCCACCUAAGCAGUAAAACAUAUUGAUUGACCACUUGGAGAAUUAAGAAAAAUAUUUCAAAUUGCUAAGCUAUAGUAAAUUUGCACACAGAUAACAUGCAUGCUAUAUAUCAAGUCUCACAUCAUUUAAAAAUAAGCAGUGCCCUUCAAAACAGAUGCAGACAUGUGUGUUGGUGGUAGUGAGGAGAUUGGUAUUAGCAUCAAAUCUUCAUUGAUGACUAAUUUUUAAUUCCCUUCCUUUUAUCUUUAGGUAUGGCUUUCCCAACGAAAGGCUAAGAAUUCAAGAACGGUCUUAACUGAACCCUCAUCAGAUCUGAAUUUAACAAAUGCUUAGUCUCAGCAGCCUCCGGGGGCGGGGGAGGGGGGGAGGGAAGCUUAGCCUAGCAGUCAGUGACUUACUUGCACUUUUUGCACACUGAUAGAAAGUAAAAGUAUGUUAUUAAUUUGGUUUAGUCUGUACUCUUACAAAGUAACGGUAAUUUUAAAGGCGUGUGUAGUAGUAUACUGACUGCUAAGUGUACUAUACUGUUUGCUUUACUAAUCACCUAAUUCAUUGCAGUUCAUACUUAUUGACUCAAAGUUUAAAACCACAAUCUGUAGGCUUUAAGAAUUGCUUUUAAACCUUUUUAAGUGAUAAACUCUGGAAGUGGUCUUUCAGGUUAGGAAACAAUUGUCAGUAUUAAACAUGGUAUUAUUAUUUAAGUAGUCCUGCUGCAAGAAGGCACUUCAGUGAAUAUGUGACUAGUAAAGCUUGAAUAUGUCUGGAGCUAAUAGCGUUCAUGAAAUACUGUAACUUGGGAUUGUAAAUGAAUGGAUGAAAUAGGUUAAGGCCAAGAUGUUUGAAAUAAAUGCAAUAUUAAUAGACGCAUAUAUACGCAACAUAUUAUGGUUAAUUUUAAAACUACUGUGCCUUAACGUGUUUCUUAAAACGAAACUUUUGUAGUAAAUGAACAUUUGAAAUCCA